ACACAAGUCUGAUUUCAUAGGGACGCGCGCGGGCUGAAGGGACAAGCGGGACAUCGAAGAGCCGGAUCUUCUCGUCUCAGGGCUCUUGAAUUGUAUACGCUAGCAAUCACGUGGGUGAAGGCUCCGUUACACCACUACGGCCCUCGCUGGUCGAAAGUUUCUCAUCACUCGAUCCGGGUUUGCCACGCGGCAUCGCACGGAGACUGAGGAAUCGGUUCUCGAGCUUCACUCCCGCGAAGACCUGAUCACCAGCCAUGGGAGCGCACCUGCCAAAGAGAUGGUGGACACCAGAGGUGCGAGACGAAGUGAGCCAUAUUUGGAGCAUCCUCUGGCCAAUUGCCGUGACCAAUGCUCUCUUAAUGGCGUUGCAAAUCGAGGAUCAGAUCAUACUGGGGCGCAUCGGCGUGGACGAGCUGGCGGCCUCGGCCCUGGGAACCACCCUCUUCAAUCUGGCCUGGUUUUUCUUGGCGGGAGCAGCAAGCGCUGUCGAUACCUUAGUGGCCCAAGCAUUUGGCGCUCGUGACUAUGAGGCAUGUGAGUACUGGACACGGAUUGGGUACUUGCUCAUGACGCUCUUCUCGCUGCCCGCCAUGGUCAUCUUCCAGUACGGGGAGUGGGUGGUGCGUACCGUCUUCCGCCAAGAAGAGCACCUCUCGCAUUUAGCAGGACGCUACACGCAACUCCUUCUGCCCGGUCUGUGGCCCCUCUGCAUGUUCGUGUGCAUGCAGAAGUCCAUGCAGGCCCGGAACGUCCUGAUGCCCUCCCUGUACGUGAUGCUCCUCGCGAACCUCAUCAACGUCGGCGGCAAUUACCUUUUCGUCUACGCUCUGGGCAUGGGUUUCACGGGCUCUCCCCUCGCCACCUCAACGAGCCGCAUCCUGACAUGCGCUCUGACCGGCGUGUACUACUACUCCGUGAUGCCCAAGACGCGGCCCCGGGCCCUUCAAGGCCGGAGCUGCUCGGCGGACCUUCAGGGGGAGGAGCCCGGCAGUAUACUGACGGACCGCGACACGGACGGCCAAGUCUGGGGGGCGGAAGUCCGGGGAGUCGGCGGGCCGGCAUCCGGGUCCUUACAGCAGCCUCUCCUUUCCGAGGUUGGGUACGCGUCGUCCUCCGAACCCCCUCCCGAGCCUGCGGGAGGGGAGGCGUUCCCGGGCCGGACACCCUUUCGAGAGGCCCUCUGUCGCUUUUUGCGCCUGGCCAUCCCUGGCGGCUUCAUGGUGGGUCUGGAGGCCUGGUCCUUCGACUUCACCACCUCCUUCGCAGCUCAGUUCGGGACCGAAGCCCUGGACGCCCACCAGUCGAUGAUGUCCAUCUCCGCCUUCACCUACCUGACCGUUCCAUUGGCGAUUUCUGUCGCAGCCUCCAUUCGUGUGGGCAACCUGCUGGGCGCGCAAAGACCGGAGCAGGCAAAGCUAGCGGCGCGAAUCUGUCUCUUCAUCGGCGUGGCCACCAUGCUUCUGUGCGGGCUAGUGCUGGUUUUGCUGCGGGGCUCGUUGGGGGAGAUCUUCACUCCCGACGCAAAGGUGGCCAAGAUCGUCUCUAAAUUAUGCCCGAUCAUGGCGCUGUAUCAAGUCUUCGAUGGAUUUCAGGGUGUUUCCGCUGGUAUUCUCCGCGGGAUGGGGCGACAGACGCGUGUGGCCUUGCUCAAUCUCGGAGGUUUUUGGGUGCUCGGAUUGCCGGGCGGGGCGAUCCUAGCAUUCACGUUGAGAAUGGGAGUGUACGGCAUAUGGUGGGGUUUCGUUAUGGGCCUGGCGCUCAUUUCAAUCCUGUACCUUUGGGCCCUCUCCCGACUCGAUUUCGAGGUGGAGGCCCGGCGUGCGCUGCAAAGUGCGUGUACAGAUCAGAAAUUGGAGCACGCCUGGGAGCAAAGAGUAGAUCACGAGAAACAGGUCAAAAGAGAAGGUGGUAUUGUAGCUGUGUAAAGGUAUUUCCUUUGUUAUUUAAAGCGAAAAACGAUGGUGACAUGAUAGUAUAGGUAGAUAAAGAAAAUGCUGUACAUUCGAGUGA